UCUAGUAAAGACGAGAGUUAUCGUGUUUCUUGUACGAAUUCAAAACAUGAUGUCAGUUUCUAUCAAAUGGAGUCAAGUUCUCGACAGUAUACUGAUUUUUAUAUAGUAAUUAAUCUGAAUGUUGCACGCAUGAUCAAUGCAACAGAAGAAGAAAAAGCGCGGGGAAAACUCUAUUGUAUCAGACGUACAAAAAUUCCGUCUUUCAUGUCUUGAUUGCAGGUCGAGUCGAACAAGUCGUCUCUCGAAUACACUGAAGCACGGUAGCUCUUCUUAGUACGCUAUCAGUCUUCGGGGUUUGAAUCGUGCAUGUCAUAGUAGCAUCUAUGUAAACUUGGAACGAAGUAUUUGAAAUCUAACAAUUGCAUUUUCUUCAUUCACGACCUUCGCCUGUACUCUCAAGUGCUGCUUCCCAUCCCCCGAAAAAUCUUAAGAGGGUGUUGGAGUAGACGGCGCUAGACGGCGCGCUAAUCUUCCCCGCCGACCCCAAACCACCUCGGUCCGCCGGCCUUCGUCAUCCUUUCUACUGAUCUCCAACCCGUCCCAAUCAACAUGCAUUGCUCAAGCUUCUGUAGUGCAUUACUGUUCGCCCCAAUCGCCCGUAAAAGCUUCCCAUUGCCCCCUUGAUCAUUUUCAUACACGAUCGGAAGCUACACAUCAUUUGCAUAACAAUAGUCAUACAAUGCCUUCAGCCAUCGCAAUCAAGCAAGUACCCGGCAAGCCGGGCCAAGUCUACUACCCAUUAGAAAAAAUCACGAUUCCAGAGCCCAAGCCUGCCGAUAAUCAAGCCGUGAUCUCUCUUACCGCAGCCGCACUCAACCACCGCGACCUCUUCAUCCGCCAGCAUCUCUACCCAGGCACCACCUUCGGCGUUCCCCUCCUCGCAGAUGGCGUCGGUAUCGUAAGCUCCACAGGAUCCUCCGCCUCGGCGAAGAAAUGGCUGCACAAGCGCGUAAUCUUGAACCCAGGUACCGGCUGGGCGACAAAUCCUGAAGGGCCCGAGAACCCCAAAGGCUACGCGAUCAUGGGCGGGACGAAAGCGAAUGCUAACGGAACGCUUGCCGACGUAAUUACACUGAAUGAAGGGGAGCUGGAAGAAUGCCCCGAACAUUUGAGCGAUGAGGAAGCGGCUGCGAUCCCGCUCACUGGGUUGACUGCGUGGCGGGCGUUCUUCGUCAAGAGCGGGAAUGCAGUUGCCGGGCGCAACAUUCUUGUUACAGGGAUCGGAGGAGGGGUUGCAUUGAUGGUGUUGCUUUAUGGUGUGGCACAAGGCUGCAAUGUCUAUGUGACGAGUGGAAACAAAGAGAAGAUUGAUAAGGCGGUGGGACUGGGCGCAAAAGGUGGUGUCAUAUACAAGGAGAAAGGAUGGGAGAAGAAUUUGCAGGGCAUGCUGCCCAAAGACAGACCGUUUUUGGACGCGAUUGUCGAUGGAGCUGGCGGUGAUGUUGUACAGAAGGGAUCACGAUUGCUCAAGACCGGCGGUAUAAUAUCCAUCUACGGUAUGACAGUGUCUCCAAAGAUGGAUUUCCUAAUGUCUGCCGUCUUGCGCAACAUCGAAGUCCGCGGGUCUACCAUGGGCUCGAGGAAAGAAUUCGCCGACAUGGUCCAAUUCGUGCGGGAAAAGAAAUUGAAGCCCGUGGUUUCGCGAUCUGUUGACGGCCUUGACAUUGAGAAGAUGGAUGGCUUGUUCGAGGAUAUGAAGAACGCUAGUCAAUUUGGUAAACUAGUCGUGACGCUGAACAAAGGUGGGAAGAGCAAAUUGUAA